AUGCGUUCUAUUUCUCUUCUCCUUGCUUCUGCCGCUUUCGGCCUUGCAAGAGCAGGCCACAGCGAGGCGGAUGUCACCGUCACCGUCACCUCGACCCGAAUUCACAGCAUCUGCCCUGCAACUACUAUAACCACAUGUCCCGCGCCUUCGACCGUCCAGGCCGGAUCGACUGGGCCAACGACUCUGAAGAGUGCUGAGGUUAGCAGCGCCGAGAACAACUGGGCCUCCCAGUGGGAGUCUCAGAAGACAAACUAUGCCGGUCCCUGGAAUGACUGGAGUGUAAGUGGGUCAGGCGCUGGUCUGCCAACUUCCGUUCCCUCAACGUCAGGCCCUGCCACAACGACCACCUCUGCCCGAAGCUCAUACUCUCCGCCGGGGGGUGGUUACAACACCACCAGCACUACCGGAUACCUGAACUCGACCUCGUCCACAUCUGUGACCUCCACGACCACAACAAGCAGCUCCACCGGAUGCCCAACCUACACGCCUGCCCACAACGCUUCGGACUUCUGCAACAGCGCAGCCGACCGAUCCAGGUGGUGCGGCGGCCAGGACAUCAGCUCCAACUCUUACACCAAUGGCUUCAAAACGGGAAGAACAGUCAGGUACACGUUGGUCAUUGACAACACCACCAUGAGCUUUGAUGGAACCGCGCCCAAGGUUGCUUUGACAGUGAAUGGCCAAGUACCAGGCCCUGUAAUCGAAGCAAACUGGGGCGAUCUGGUUGAAGUAACUGUCAUCAACAACCUGCAUGACAAUGCCACGAGCAUCCACUGGCACGGUGUUCGCCAGUUGGGUACCAACGACCAAGAUGGUGUCCCCGGUGUCACUGAAUGUGCGAUUGCAGGAUAUGGUGGUUCUCGGACUUACACCUGGCUUGCAUCCUCCUACGGUACUUCCUGGUACCACAGCCACGCUCUGGCCCAAUAUGGAGAUGGUGUCCGUGGUCCUAUCGUGAUUCACGGUCCUGCCACAGCAAACUACGAUAUCGACAUGGGUACCGUCAUGAUUGAUGACACUUUCGCCAAUGCCGUCGGCACACAAGCUGAUCUCAUUACUCACUACGGCCCAGGUGGUUCUUUCAACACUCUGUUCAACGGCAAGAACAUCAACCCAGUGGGACCUGGCGGCAAAGCUUUCGAAUGGACUGUCACACCUUGCCGCAAGCACUUGUUCCGCAUAAUCAACAGCUCUUCUCAGAACAUGUAUGUGGUUGGCUUUGAUGCACACAACUUGACUGUUAUUGCUGCCGACUUUGUCCCCAUCGUCCCGUACACCACCCCAUACCUCAAUAUCGGCAUUGGCCAGCGCUACGAUGUUAUUGUCGAGAUGAACCAACCGAUUGGAAGCUAUUACGUCCGAGCUGUCAUCCAAACUGGAUGUCCCUCUGGUGGUGCCAAUUCUGGUCUGGGUACGGCAAACGCUAUUAUCAACUACCAGGGUUCGAACUCAACACCGGUCACCAACACCCCCAUCACCAAUAUCACCGCAGCGGGCUGUACUGAUGAGCCCCUUGCAUCAUUGGUACCUUACGUUGCUCUCCCUGCGGGCGACUCGAGCAAAUUCCAAUCUUCGGCUCAGACCCUUCCAGCAGGUCAAGUCACUCAGGUACAGACCAGCACAGACGGUCUUGUUUAUCAAUGGUUCAUCAACAACGGCGUCAUGAGCGUCAACUACAGCUUGCCCACUUUGGAGAGAUUGGACUCUGGAGACAACAGCAGCACUUUCAGCAACCCGGUUGUUCUCAACCAGGCAAACGAAUGGGUCUACUUUGUCAUCCAAAACCAGUUCUUCGCAUCCCACCCGAUGCACAUUCACGGUCACGACGUCUCAGUCCUCGGCACUGGCACUUCACCUUGGAGCAGUGACCUUACUUCGACCUUGAACUUCAAGAACCCAAUGCGCCGAGACACUGUCAUGCUCCAAGGCUCUGCAGGACCUGGAAACCCAGCCGGCUAUACUGUCAUUGGUUUCGAGACCGACAACCCGGGUGCUUGGGUGAUGCACUGCCACAUUCUGUGGCACGUCGAUGAUGGACUUGCUUUGCAGUUUAUCGAGCGACCUGAUGACAUUGUCAAGGCUGCUUACACUUCCAAGCAAUCCUUCCAGGACGAGUGCGCUGCCUUGAAGAGCUACGAGGCCGCCAACCCGCAGUCGGUCAGGACCGAGGGCGAAUCGGGUAUGAGAAAACGUACUACUCUGGAACGCCUGGGUGUGUCCAACAAUCUGUAUGCUGGGUUGAAGAGACACGGUCAUAGUCACAAGAGAUAUGCUGGUCGCCACUUCCACGGCUACUAG